GACGGAUAACGGGCCUUACGAUAGUUAGUUGGUUUGCGUCUGCGGUUCACAGUUUGUCUGACUACAAGGCACCUUCUCAGAGAAAGUGGCAACAUUACGGCAGGUCCACGUUGUGAAUGUUUGUCAAUCUUUGAUGCAGGUCAAGGCGUCUAGACACGCGGUACGUUCUUCGCUGACUACGAACGUGCGGUCUACGAUUUGCAUCUGAUUCUGAAUAAUUACAAUCGUUAGCUAUAAAUUACGCGAAUAAAUUAAACGAAAUGCGAGAAAUAUGCACAGAGGCACCGUUGCGAGGAAGCAGGAGCCCGCAUAGUAUUAUAUAACCACACGUAUUUAUUACUGGCCAGAUUGGCGGGCACUUGCCAACAGCAGAUGAAAAAAAUUGGCUCACUUCCGAGUAUCACUUUAGCCUCCAGUGGAAAAAAUGUUUUCACCUUUUAGGACUUUUCCGUGCUAUUUGUGAAUACCAUCCGUUACAUACGACACUAUGCCCUGAUGAAAGGCUUCCAAGCCAAGGAUUUGUCACAGCUUCCCAAGAAAGUGUUCCAAUGCCGUUAAAGGGAAGAGUUCACUUUUGUCUUGGCAAACCCAUUCACUCCCAUGUUCACCUUUGUUCCGAUUUUAUAUUCAGGUGGGCCGAGAUCAAGUUCGGUUUGAAUUUCGGUGCGAACUCAAAUUUCGAGGGUGGGCUGGGGUGUUUGUGAGCGCUAAGUGCAAAAAGAUGUUAGCAAUUUUCGUGUGUGUAAAAUUUGAAUGUUAUCAACAAUUCGUGGUUGUGUAUAAAGUUUAAAAUAUUUUCCAGUUCAGGAUGUGCGUGCUCAGAAAUUCAGAUAAUUUUGGGCAAUUAAGUGCAAGUUGAGCUAACGAAUGUGGGGUCCUCAUGAUUUCAGUGUUUGAUUAAGUGCUCGUAAAUACAAUAAUCGUUGAAUGUGAUUCUCACAAUCGAAUUAUUUGAUGUAGAGUUUCUCAUCCUGUGCUACUGAAAAUCAUCAAAUUUGCCGUGAAAAUAGUGAGUGUUGUGCGGAAUUUGGAGAAGAAUUACAAAUGGUCCUUCUAACGAAAGCAUCCAUACCGAAGCCAAAAUGAUGCGAUUUUUGGUCAAAUAUAAUCAUCUAGGAUUAAUCAUUUAUGGAUUACUCUUCAUAACAAGUUGCGGUGGCGGAAGAAUUUUCGACGUAACAAAUAUACCGAUACAAAAAUACUAUGCUGAGGCUGGAAAGAAUAUCACAGUACCAUGUCCGGGCGUCAGUGAGCAUUCCCUGGUUGAUACAUUAACCUGGAAAACGAGCAGCACAAUUGCACAAUAUGCAAAUAAGAUACCACUUGUGCACAACCAACGGUUACAACUUCUGCCCGAAAACUUCAGUCUACAAUUCAGUCCAGCUAUUGCAUCUGACACUGCCGAGUACAUUUGUCUUGUCAACGACAGACACAUUCCAGAAGCUAUAAUUGAUUUAUUAGUACAGGAUGUUCCAGAUCCGCCAGAGAGGCCUUUAAUUGUAAGUUUUACGUCGCGCUCAGUUAAUCUUUCAUGGGCACAUUCGCAGCAUGCAAGGAAUGCGCCAGUUACACAUUUUAUAAUUGAAACAAGAGUUGGAGAGAAUGGACCAUGGGACCAAGUACCACGAAUUUUCACAAAAACUAAUACCACAUCAUAUCAGGUGACAGGCCUUCUUCCUUUUACGGUCUACAGUUUUCGAACGUUGGCCGUAAAUAAAUUGGGCAUUAGUCCUCCGUCCAAAGAGUCAUAUUAUAUUGUCACAUUACGGGAAGUUCCGAUAGGAAAGCCAGUGACAACGAUAGCACAUAACACUUCAUCAACUUCGAUUUAUAUCUCAUGGAAACCACCACCGCCCGAUACUAUUUUGGGAGAGUUUCUUGGCUACCGAAUAACGUAUCGUCCCCGUGAUAAGAGUCCCAGCAGCGUGAAGGAGAUCUACCUGCGUGACAGCACCAUUGAGAAUCAUGAAAUCCACAAUUUGGAAACAUAUACGCAGUACCUGGUUUCAAUACAAGUUUUCAAUCCGGAAGGCCUUGGUCCUUCAACAACAGUGCUAGUCAUGACGGACGAAGGUGUGCCAAGCAAACCACAAAAUCUAACCGUGCAAGCUGUUACAUCGAAUUCAAUACGACUGUCAUGGCGGGAACCGAAAAACCUGAAUGGAGCCAUCGAUGGAUAUCACAUAUUUCAUAUGCACGACAAUCAAACAGGCGUUGAAAUUCUGAAAAGCUCAUCGAUUACAGGCGGACCCUACAUCACAUACGAGCUGCCCAAUCUAAAGCCCUACACUGAAUAUCGAAUAACUGUGAAAGCAUUCACCAAGAAAAAUGAAGGUGAUGGAUCAGAUACUGUGAUACAACGUACCGAUAUAGCCGGGCCAAGUGCUCCUAUUGUCGUCAAUCUUACCUGUCAAGCACAGGACGCUGUCAAUAUUAGAUGGCGGCGUCCAUUGGAAUUUUAUAAUUCUAUCGAUUACUAUAUUAUCAGCUAUCGAAUAGCUGAAAAUCCAGAUUCCUACGACCUUCAGUUACCAACAACAAUCCGAGAAAUUGAGACGGCGUUUACCCUGCCAAAUUUGACAACGUACACUAUCUACGAGAUAAAAGUUUGCGCAGCAUCUCACAGCAUAAUAGCAUCAAAUAGAAUAAUACAUGGGAAAUGUUCGGAGCCAAGAAAGAUUUUGAUGCAACCAAAUUGCGAAAAAAUCCAACCAUUGCUGCGACAAUCACAUAACGACUACAAUCUUGCAGUUCUUGUUGGCGUCGUUUUCAGCUGCUUCGGAAUCAUUCUCAUUGUGAUGGCAUUCGUAUUGUGGAGCAGAAAAUGUUUCCAUGCGGCCUACUAUUAUCUGGACGAUCCGCCGAAUCAUCCUAGUGCCCCACAAGUAGACUGGGAGGUGCCUGUUGAAAUUGGAGGUGAAAUACGUGCAGCUGUCCCAGUUAAUGAGUUCGCCAAACAUGUGGCGUCAUUACAUGCUGAUGGUGAUAUUGGAUUUAGUCGUGAAUAUGAAGCAAUUCAAUGUGAGAGUGCCGUUGAUGAAUUACCCUGCGAACAUUCACAACAUCCAGAGAAUAAACGGAAAAAUCGAUAUCUUAAUAUUAUUGCAUAUGACCAUAGUCGAGUCCAUUUACACCCAACACCAGGCCAGAAAAAAGGGUUAGAUUACAUCAAUGCGAAUUUCAUUGAUGGAUAUCAGAAGGCCCGCGCAUUUGUUGGAACCCAAGGUCCACUUCCAGAUACAUUCGAUUGUUUCUGGCGUAUGAUUUGGGAGCAACGUGUAACAAUUAUUGUUAUGAUCACAAAUUUGGUGGAGCGUGGCCGACGGAAAUGUGAUAUGUACUGGCCAAAAGACGGUUCAGAAACAUAUGGAGUGAUUCAAGUGAAACUCCUUGAAGAGGAAGUUCUGGCCACUUACACAGUAAGAAAGUUCCAAAUCAAACAUCUUAAGGUGCGUAUUGAGUUUACAUUUCAGUCCAUUUGUAAUAUAAUACGUUGCGUUCGUUUACAGCUUAAGAAAAAGAAACAAAUUAACUCCGAAAAGAUUGUCUACCAAUACCAUUAUACGAAUUGGCCAGAUCAUGGAACACCCGAUCAUCCACUGCCAGUAUUAAAUUUCGUGAAGAAGUCUUCAGCAGCCAAUCCACCCGACUCUGGACCAAUUGUAGUGCAUUGCAGUGCUGGAGUCGGCCGAACAGGAACAUACAUUGUCCUGGAUGCAAUGCUUAAACAAAUCGAACAUAAAGGUGUAGUCAAUGUUUUCGGCUUCCUACGACACAUUCGAGCCCAGCGCAACUUCCUAGUUCAAACCGAAGAACAAUACAUAUUCAUACACGACGCUCUCGUUGAGGCGAUUGCUAGCGGUGAAACGAAUAUCCGUGCCGAUCAAAUUGAAGAGCUGAAAAACAAUAUACCAUAUUUGGAGAUGCAAUACAAGAAUAUUAUUCAAUUUCAAACAAAAGAUAUUCACAUUGCAUCGGCCAUGAAACAAGUAAAUUCGGUAAAAAAUCGUGGUGCUAUUUUUCCAAUCGAAGGCAGCCGAGUACACUUGACACCGAAACCAGGCGAGGAUGGUAGUGAUUAUAUAAAUGCAUCGUGGCUCCAUGGUUUUCGACGAUUACGAGAUUUCAUUGUAACACAACAUCCCAUGCAGAAUACGGUUAAAGAUUUCUGGCAGAUGGUUUGGGAUCAUAACGCUCAGACAAUAGUGUUAUUGUCAUCGCUGGAUGAAAUCACCUUUGCACAGUUCUGGCCAGAUGAAUCUGAACCAAUUGAAACACAUUAUUACCGUGUAAAAUUCGUAAAUAAAACUAACAAAAGUGACUAUGUUAGUCGUGAUUUUGUCAUUCAAUCCGUUCAGGAUGAUUAUGAGCUAAACGUUAGAAUGUUACAUUGCCCGAGUUGGCCAGAAAUGUCAAAUCCAAAUAGUAUUUAUGAUUUCAUUGUGGACGUCCAUGAGCGAACUAGCGACUAUCGAAAUGGGCCAGUAAUUGUUGUUGAUCGAUACGGUGGUGCUCAGGCUUGUACAUUUUGCGCAAUAACAUCACUUAGCAUGGAGAUGGAGUACGAUGACACAGCCAACAUUUACACGUAUGCUAAACUGUACCACAACAAACGGCCAGGAGUGUGGACAUCAAGCGAAGAUAUUCGUCAAAUCUACAAUAUUCUGUCGUAUAUGCCGACAGAUCUUCAGCUGUUGAAGCGCACGGCGCUGCGUACGGAAUUCGAGGACAUAACGACGGCAACACCCGAUCUCUAUAGUAAAAUAUGCAGUAAUGGUAAUAUUAGUAGCACAUUAAAUUCGAAUACGAUAAAUAAUACUAAUCUUACUACCACAACAACUGCUCCCAAUACUAAUGGCGAUACAGUUGGUAUUCAAAUAACAAACGAUGAAAACGAAGAGCUUUCGGUUGUAGUCGGUAGUGGUAAUGACGCUAAGGAUGCUCAAAAGCUCGACAUUGUCGGUUAAACGAUGAUCCAUUCUACGAUCACUAAUUGUAAAUAGCUUUAUAUAUAUAUGAGUAAAGGAAAACUAUAUUUAAUAGAUCAUUAAAUGUAAUUAAUAGCAAAAUUUUUGUGUAAACACAAUAAUGAAAACAAAUUCAAGUCACACACACACAAAAUGAUAUUUAUUGUGGAGAUAUAGUUUAUGGAAUCAACAUUUCUUUUUGGAAUUUGUAUUGUAAUUUAAAAUAAUUGUAAAAUGAUGCAGAAAGUGAGAACCUAUGGUAAGUUAUCAUUUAAGGAAUCCAUUGAGAAAGAAAAACCACGAAAAAAAGUGUAAUGAGAGAGCAUAAAUCAUUUUGCUUGCCGUGUAUUGGAUGUUCUUCCGCGUAUCUAUUUUUUGUAUAGAUAAAAUCGUAUGCAUGCGUUUGUGUGAUUGAAUGCUUUUUUGUGAUUUCUAUUAUAAAACAUUGUGUAAUUAUACAGUUAAGAUGAAAUAAUCUAAGAACAAUUUAGAGAAUGGCAUGCGAAAUAGAGUUGUUAGAUGAUGAGUUAUAUUUAAAUUCGAAUUACAGUGUCGAUGAUAAUGGCAAAUUAAGUAAAUGAUGAUAAAAUACUCUAUAUUUGAAGACUGGUUUUGUACACACUUUUUACAUACACUAUUAUAUUAUGAAGUACUAUACUCGAGAUAUUUUAAUCUAA